AUGUCUUUGUUGUCAAGAUUACGUUGUCUCAUAUAUCAGUAUUAUUUACCAAUCUCAGGGAGCUUGGUGUUGCUUGUGCAGGUACACAUACUUGUGGAUAAUCUGGAUAUUGCAAAUACAAACUCUGUUAAUUUGAGGGCUGCAUUGUCUGCUGCUCUUCUUCUCUUGCCCUCCAAGUUCACACAGGAAGAUCUGUUUGCCAAAAUAUGUAGCCUUUCAUAUAUGGGAGAUUUGCGUAUGCUUUUUGCAGAGGACAAAAACAAGGUGAAAAAGAUUGUGCAAGGACAUUUUGAUUUAUUCCACUCAAUGUAUAAGCCAUUUCUUCAAGAAUACAAGGCCAAAGACUUCUUGAGAGUCUCAUCAUCUGGAACUGACCAAGCAAAUAUAUCACAGGAUUGUGGCUUGCCAGUCACUUGCUCCCUUGUGUCUUUUCUUCCACCAACAAUUAGAAGUCAAAUGGGGAUGAAGCUUGGAGAGAAGAAGAGAAUAAAUGAAUAUGGUCGAGCUAUAAAUGAAGUCAUAAUCGGUUCAAGAGAAGAGGCAGCUAAAUGCAUACAGAAGGUUCUGCGACGAACCGUGAUGGUUUCAAGUGCAAGACAGGCAGUGUCUGGUCUACUUGCUGUUGGUGGCAUCAAUGCUACUAGAUAUCUUGCUAACAAAAUGCAGAAAGCUUGGACAUCCUGGACAUAA